AUGGGGAAUAUAUCAAAACAAAGAGUAUGCAUUAUCGGCGCUGGGCUAGCCGGGCUGACAUCUGGCAAAUAUCUUCAGGAUGAAGGCAUCGACUUUAUCAUACUGGAAGCUACGAAAUACUUCGGCGGUACCUGGCGUUACGAUCCCAGGGUCGGAUAUGAUGAAAACGGUUUACCUUUACACACAAGCAUGUACAAACACUUGAGGACAAAUCUACCAAAGCCCACAAUGGAACUGAGAGGUUUCCCUGUACCAAAAGAUAUGCCAUCCUUUCCGAACUGGUCAAUUUAUUAUCAAUAUAUCAAAGACUAUGUGAAGCAUUUCGACUUAGAAAGACACAUAAUGUUUGAACACAAUGUUGAACUGGUUUCAAGAAUUGGAGAUGUAUGGAGAGUGAAGUAUAAGAAUUUGGUUACGGGAGAAAAUUUUGAGCAGGAAUUUGAUUUUGUCAUCGUUGGAACUGGUCAUUACAGUGAUCCGAAUCUGCCUGAUAUACCUCAAGAGAAUAUUUUUAAAGGCACUAUAAUACACAGUCACGACUACAGAGAGCCGGAUCGCUUCAAGGAUCGUCGAGUUCUGAUAGUUGGGGCCGGACCUUCGGGAAUGGAUAUAGCCAUAGAUGUGGCUUACGUCAGUAAAACCCUCGUCCACAGUCACCACAGCCCCGGCUUCGGAACUAAAUCCUUCCCCAAACAUUACAUCCAAAAACCUGACAUCAAAGAAUUCAAUGAAACUGGCGUCAUUUUCAAAGAUGGGACCUAUGAGGAGAUUGAUGACGUCAUUUAUUGUACGGGAUAUAAAUAUAAUUACUCGUUCUUGGACGAUAGCUGCGGUUUGAAAGUAACCUCCCGCAGUGUGACACCGCUUUACAAGUAUAUGGUGAAUAUCAACCAACCUACUAUGAUGGUUAUGGGUUUAAUAGUGAAAGCCUGUGUUGUAGUCGCUUUGGAUGCACAAUCGAGAUACGCGACUGCAUUGAUAAAAGGAAAUUUUACUUUGCCACCAAAAGAAGUAAUGAUGGAAGAGUUUCAAAAUCGAUUGGAGGACGUCAAAUCUAAGGGGCGACCUAUAUCGGACAUACAUUUUCUAUCCGACAAAGAAGAUGAAUAUUACAUGGCAUUGACAGAAGAAUCUGGUAUAGACAGAGUGCCACCAGUGAUGUUUAAAAUACGAAAUGUUGACACUAUUGCAAAAAAAGAGGAUAUCUAUACUUACAGAAAUUACGCCUACAGUGUCAUUGACGAUAACAAUUUUAUAAGAAGUCUAGAGAAUAAUAUUUAA